CGCGGCGGGAGCGGAGCGGAGCGGGGCGGCAGCUUGAGGCACACUCUUCAAUAAAAGAAAUGAAGGUGUCUCAACGUUCCCAAGAGUCCAGAUGAGUGUUUACCAUGCCUCUGGGAACGUUCCUCCUUCCUGUUCUCUGUUUCUUGGGAGCAGUGAUUCCACAGGGACUGCAGUAUGUCACGUUCUCACGCAACGCUACAAAAUUCCUCCACCUGUCUAUGGACUUGGAAUCCGGCACCAUUUAUUUGGGGGCCACCAACUUUCUCUUUCAGCUGACAUCUGACCUGCUGAUGGAGAACGUGGUUCGGACUGGACCAGUUCUGGACAGUAAAGAUUGCCUCCCCCCAGUCUCAAAGCUGGAGUGCCCUCAGGCGCACUACACCGACAAUCACAACAAGCUGCUGCUGGUGAACGCGGUGCAGAAGGAGCUCAUUGUGUGUGGCAGUGUGCACCAGGGCAUCUGUGAGAAGAGGAGUCUCACAUCCAUUGACCGUGUCCUGUUCCGGCCAGAGAGCCCUGGAGACACCCAGUAUGUUGCUGCCAAUGAUCCCAAUAUCACCACUGUGGGACUCAUCGCAUACUCAAAGGAUGAGGUCCCCUUGCUAUUCGUGGGACGAGGGUACACCAGCCGAGGAGUUGGGGGAGGGAUUCCUCCCAUCACUACCCGAAACCUCAGGGCCCACGGAGGGGAUAUUCAAGCAACAGACUCUCACUCCAUUUUCUCCUAUGAAGAAACAGCAAAGCUGGCCGUGGGCCGGCUCUCCGAGUACAACCACCAUUUCAUUAAAUCCUUCACUUACCGCUCAAGCAUCUAUUUCCUGUUCUACCGUCGGGACCUCAAGUCCCAGUCGCGUGAGUACAAGACCUACAUCUCGCGGAUCUGCCUGGAUGACUCUCACUAUUACUCGUAUGUGGAGUUACCUCUGCUCUGCCAGGGCAAAACCAACACGUACAGUCUCCUGCAAGCUGCCUACGUCACCCGGCCGGGAAGAGGCCUGGCCCAAGGGCAGCUGGACACCGAGGGAGAGGUGCUGUUUGCGGCUUUCUCUGCCUGGCAGUCUUCUUCUGGCCGGCUGAGCGAGGAGUCUGCGCUCUGCGUCUACGCGAUGGAGGAGGUGGAUCGCCUGACCAACUGGACUAGGGAUGUUUGCUAUAUGAGGGAUGGGAAGUCAGAAGAAGGGGCAGAAGUGGCUUAUAUUGAAUACGAUGUCAGUUCCAACUGUGUCCAGCUGCCAGCGGACACACUGUAUGCAUAUCCCUGUGGCUCUGACCAUACUCCCAGCCCCAUGGCCAGCCGGGUUCCCUUGGAAGCAGCCUCACUCCUGGAGAAAACAGAGGCCCGUUUGACAGCUGUGGCAGUGAAUGUGGAAGAUGGCCACACCAUUGCUUUUCUGGGAGACAGCAGAGGGAACCUGCACAAGGUGUACUUAGGAGCAAUGGGAGAUGCACAUAUAUACUCUUCUUUAGCUAUCCAGUUAAAUAGCAUGGUGAGCGGAGACCUGCUGUUUGACCAGUUGCAGGAGCACCUCUUUGUCAUGACCCAGUCAAUGGUGGCAAAGGUUCCCAUAGUGGAAUGUUCCCUGUACUUGGACUGUGAAUCCUGCCUGGCACUAAAAGAUCCCUAUUGUGGCUGGUGUGUCCUUCAGGGACGGUGCAGCCGCCGCUCCGAGUGCUUGCGGUCCAGGUUGAGUGAGCAGUGGCUCUGGAGCUUUAACUCUACUCAGCAGUGUCUGUCUGUCCAGUCACUAACUCCAGCUAAUAUCAGCAGAGAGGAAAAGAGAAAUAUAUUCCUGGCUAUUUCUGACUUACCUUCUCUGCAUGAGGAAGAAUUUUACUCAUGUUACUUUGAAGAUUAUGAAAGCCCAGCAGUUCUGACAGAGGCAGGAAUCAUGUGUCCUUCUCCAGAUCCCAGCCAAGCACCAACUUUGCCAACAGGAGCAGAUCAUGUCACCAUAAAGCUCGUAGUGCGUUUCCAUGACAUCUUCAUUGCUUCUGUGGACUUCUCUUUCUAUGACUGUGCUGCAGUGGCCCUGCUCUGGAAAUCGGCACCGUGCCAGAAGUGUGUGAGCAGUCUCUGGGGAUGUAACUGGUGCAUCCAGCAGCACCUUUGCACCCACAAAGCAGCCUGUGAGGAAGGAACCAUCAUCUACAAUGAAAGGGCACAGAUCCCAACCUCAAGUGUGUUUCCUUCUUCAGCAGCUCCCCUCACCAAGUCCUCUACCACAGCCCCAACCGUGGCCACAAAGCCGGUCACCCCCCUGGAGCAUGUGGUACCGAGCACUGUGGCCCCCACAGAGCCCAACCAUGUCACACUGUCCCCAGCCCCUGAUACAGUGACUGAGCCUGCAGAAACCCUCAACUACACAUACUUGACCCUCUCAACUGAAGCAGCCUCUCUCCAGGCUGCCACGGAGUCCCCUCUGCCACCUCCAGCAGACAAACCUGCUGUCACUGUGCCAGAGACAACAACAUCUGCUGCAUCUGUCCUCACCAGCCCAUCCAAAAACAUGGACCAGGCAGCCUUGCCCACGGAAGGACCAGCCACUGCCCAGGAGCCAUGGCACACUGACCCCCCCACCACCCUAGUGGGUAGCUCUCUGCACACGUCUGCAGCAGCAGUAACACCUUCCACUCAUGUCACCAGUUUCAAGUGGCCUCCAAGUUCUUUUCCUACCACAGAGACACUGACACCCACCAUCCCAACUCCCCAGACCCCCAGCCAGGUGCCAGGGGUUCCUGCUGCCUUUGAUGACUCUCCCAAGUUGAUGGGAACUGAACUACCUGCUUCAGAGCUCCCAUCCUCAUCUCCCCCAGACUGGCUGCUGGGGGAAAGCACAGAGCUCCAGGACACAGAGGACUGGAUGGAUUUGCUGCAGGCUGAGAAUGACACAUCUCCCUUCUCUGCUUCUACUCUUCUGUCGGGUGAUGGUGAUUCUUCAGAGAGGGAUGUCCCCGACUUUCCCAGGAUCCUCCACCCUGACCUCGACUAUCAGUAUGAUGCCCCUGAGUUUUGGGAAGAGAAUGAAGAGUUUAGCUGGGGUCCAGAUGCCUGUCCUUGUGUGCAGAGAAUCCAGGGAUCUUCGCUGUUUCCAGUCAACGUGUCAAGGAAGAUAACCCUGUUGGGAAAGAACUUCCACCUCUAUCAGGACCAGCAGUGGGAUUAUGAGUGUGUCCUGAAUUUGGAGGGGAGGACAGUGGUGAUGGAGGCUUAUGUGGAAGGGGAAGAAACAAACCAGUCCCUGUGUUAUAUCACCUGCCAGAUGAACCAGUACAGUUACACAGCACCUCAACUGGAAUUCAAUGCUGUGGUGUUUGUGCAGAGGCGACGACACCUGCGAGUGGACAGUGCUGCGGAUCUGCACGUGACUUUUUACAACUGCUCUGUGGGACACACUGAUUGUAGCCGCUGCCAAACAGCCGACUCAAAGUACAACUGUGUGUGGUGUGGAGGUGACAGCCCCAGCUGUAUCUUCAGGGGCUCUUGCAAGGAAGAGAUAGAAGACCUGUGUCCAGCUCCUCUCAUUCACUCCGUGUACCCCCUGUCUGGACCAGUGGAAGGUGGCACUAGAAUCACCAUCACUGGCUCAAACCUCGGGCAGAAACAUCAAGACAUUGCAGAAACUGUCACUGUGGCAGGAAUUCCCUGUGCCGUAGAUGCUCAAGAGUAUGAGAUCUCUAGCAGUAUCGUUUGUGUCACUGGUGGGAGCUGGACAGAGAAGUUUGGGCACAUUGUGGUGGAAGUGCCUGGCGGAGGACGUGGAGUUUCUGGGCAAAUUUUCACCUAUCAGAACCCAGAGCUGAAAUCCAUUGUUCCAACUCAGGGCCCCAAAGCAGGAGGAACCUGCCUUACUCUUCUGGGCUCAAAACUGCUGACUGGGCAUCCUAGUGAGAUCAGUGUCCUGCUUGGAGACCUCCCUUGCCACAUCCUCUCUGAGAUGACAGAGGAUCAGCUGGCAUGCCAGACAAGUCCCAGCAAUGUGUCUGCAGAACUCCCAGUCACUGUCAAGUAUGGGGACCAAGAACGGAGGCUGGAAGGAUCCCUCUUCAGAUAUACUCUGGAUCCCAACAUCACUUUUGCAGAACCACCUAAAAGCUUCCUCAGUGGAGGGAGAGUGCUCAGAGUUCAUGGAUACAACUUGGAUGUUGUACAGAAACCCAAGAUCCGAGUGACGGUUUCUCCGUCUGACCGGCGGCGGCGAGGCCUGGGGCGGCGGCGCAGGAUCGUCCCAGACACCGAGUGCCCUGACGGUGCCCUGUGCAGCAUCCAGCAGUUUGAAGAACCGUGCCUCGUGAACUCAUCCUACCUGAUCCUGUGCAAAACUCCAGCUAUUAACCUGCUGUUGCAGAGUGUCCGUAUCAAACUGGAAUUUAUUCUGGAUAACCUAAGCUUUGAUUUCAACUCUUUGCAUCCCAUGCCCUUCUCUUACGAAGUCAACCCCAUCCUAAAGCCACUGAAUGCUGAAGACCCUGCCAAGCCAUAUCGUCACAAGCCAGGAAGCGUCAUCUCUGUGGAGGGGGAAAAUCUAGAUCUGGCUAUUUCCAAGGAUGAAGUUAUGGCCAUGAUUGGGGAAGGAAUCUGUGUGGUGAAGACACUGACAAGGCACCAUCUUUACUGUGAGCCUCCCUCUGAGCAGCCAGCUCCGCGGCACCGCACCAAGCGGGAGGGCACGGACAUGCUCCCAGAGUUCACGGUGCAGAUGGGAAACCUGAACUUCCUGCUGGGCCGAGUGCAGUAUGACACAGAAAGCCAGCUCACCUUCCCGCUGGAGGCACAGAUUGGUUUGGGUGUUGGGGCAUCCUUUGUGGCUCUCAUUGUUCUGGUCAUUGUCUUCAUAUACAGGAGGAAGAGCAAACAGGCUCUGAGGGAUUACAAGAAAGUUCAAAUCCAGUUGGAAAAUCUGGAAACAAGUGUUCGGGACAGAUGCAAAAAGGAAUUCACAGACCUGAUGACUGAGAUGAUGGACCUCACAAGUGACCUGGUGGGCACUGGAAUCCCCUUCUUGGACUACAAGUCCUAUGCAGAGCGCAUUUUCUUCCCGGGCCACCGUGAGUCCCCACUGCAGAGGGACCUGGACAUCCCUGAGUGCCGGCGGCAAACUGUGGAGCAGGGCUUGGUCCAGCUCUCCAACCUGCUCAACAGCAAGCUGUUCCUCACCAAGUUCAUCCACACUCUGGAAAUCCAGCGCACUUUCUCUCCCAGAGACCGGGCCUAUGUGGCAUCCCUGCUCACUGUGUCGCUGCAUGGGAAGCUGGAGUACUUCACUGACAUCCUCAAAACACUCCUGAAUGACCUUGUGGAGCAGUAUGUGGCCAAGAACCCCAAGCUGAUGCUACGGAGGACAGAAACCGUGGUAGAGAAGCUGUUAACCAACUGGAUGUCCAUCUGUCUGUACGCAUUUGUGAGGGACUCUGUUGGGGAGCCACUUUACAUGCUGUUUCGAGGAAUCAAGCACCAGGUGGACAAAGGACCAGUUGACUGGGUGACAGGGAAGGCCAAAUACACCCUCAAUGACAACCGCCUUUUGAGAGAGGACCUGGAGUACCGGACUCUGACCUUAAAUGCCUUGACACAAGCAGGAGUUGCUGCAGGAGGGGCAGAGGACUCCCAAGGGAUUUCUGCAAAAGUGCUAGACUGUGACACCAUAACACAGGUGAAGGAGAAAAUCCUAGAUCAGAUCUAUAAAGGGACGCCAUACUGUCACCGGCCAGACCCAGACACCCUGGACCUCGAGUGGAGAUCAGGGCUGGCAGGUCAUCUGAUACUGUCCGAUGAGGAUGUGACAUCUGUUGUUCAAGGAACUUGGAAACGCCUGAACACUCUUCAGCAUUACAAGGUGCCUGAUGGAGCAACAGUAGCGCUGGUUCCACGCCUGACCAAGCACAUCCAUAGGGAGAAUCAGGAUUACAUCCCAGGAGAGAAAACACCAAUGCUGGAGGAUGCAGAUGAAGGUGGGAUCAAGCUUUGGCACCUGGUAAAACCAACAGAAGAGCCAGAGCUCCCCAAGCAUCGCCGUGGGAGCUUGAGAGAUCGGGAGCGAGCCAAGGCAAUCCCGGAGAUCUAUCUGACACGUCUGCUUUCAAUGAAGGGCACUCUGCAGAAGUUUGUGGAUGACUUGUUCCAGGUGAUCCUUAGUACCAACCGCCCCGUCCCUCUGGCAGUCAAAUACUUCUUUGACCUGUUGGAUGAGCAGGCAAUACACUAUGGGAUUGCAGACCCUGAGACCAUCCAUAUCUGGAAGACAAACAGUCUCCCCCUGCGGUUCUGGAUCAACAUCAUCAAGAAUCCCCAGUUUGUUUUUGACGUGCAGACGUCAGAUAACGUAGAUGCUGUGCUCCUGGUCAUUGCACAGACCUUCAUGGACUCCUGUACAAUAGCUGACCAUAAGUUAGGGCGGGACUCUCCGAUCAAUAAGCUGCUCUAUGCCCGGGACAUUCCUCGCUACAAGCAGAUGGUGGAAAGGUACUAUGCAGACAUUCGUCAGACCAUCUCAGCCAGCGACCAGGAGAUGAACUCUGCUCUGGCUGAGCUAUCACGGAAUUACUCAGGUGACCUCAAUUCCCUGGUGGCUCUACAUGAAUUGUACAAAUACAUCAAUAAGUACUAUGACCAGAUCAUUACUGCCUUGGAAGAAGACCCGACGGCACAGAAGAUGCAGCUUGGAUAUAGACUACAACAGAUUGCAGCAGCUGUGGAGAAUAAAGUCACGGAUUUGUGACAGGAACAGACUGCUCUCCCCUGGCUGAACAGGGACAGUGCUGCUCCCAGCUGUACACAGGAUGUCCUGCUGCCAUUGGAACCAGACUCUCCAAGGAACCUGCAGGUGACAUGAACAGGGAUGGCCAAGGCAGUACAAAGUACAAGCGUCCUUGCAUCUCAGAGAAUAUUUUUUUACAGGUUGUUUUUCCUUUUUAAAAGCAAAACAAAAAACCAACAAACUUGGGUUUUCCUCUGGCAGACUGUUGGGAACCUACACAGCUCCUUCCUACAGAUGUUACGUGAAUGUGCCAAGUUUCCGAACAAUGUUGUUGAAGAGCCAGAUGACAAUGCUAAGCACUGGAUUCCUUGGCUUCACAUGGACAUCCUUGCCAGUGCUGGGAGACUCCCCUGCUGCAGCUGCUCACUUCAGGAUGCAGGAAGCUUUCCCCAGACUGGCAGCUGUGCUAACAUCUGUUCCCAGCUAGGAAGCACUCCUGCAGUAUCUCACCUGAGAAACUUUCUUGCAGCAAUGUCCCCACUGGUUCUGGAUCUUGGGUGUAGAAAGGAGAGCAUCUGAUGACAAAGGUCUCUUGCUCCCCAGUGUUCUGGUCUCUGGCACCUUGUGUGGGACACCUGCUUGGAUGUAACAUGCUCACCAGCAUGUGUGUUUGCCCGGGGGCUACUGUAAAUGGACAGCACCCCCUCACCCUUUCCCUCAGGACAAAUUCAGCAUGUGAGAGUCUCUGCCUGGCUCACCUCAGUCUCUGCUGACCCAGUGUGGGAUCCGUGUUCCUGCUUCCUUGUGGUCAGAGGUUGCCCUGCUCUUUGGAAAAAGCACAACCAAUGCCUUGUGCCACCUUCCUCCAGUGUCUGGCUGUUCUGCUGCUCUGAACUGGACUUGUAAAUACCCUCAGAAAGUUAAUGUAUUUAAAUGCUAAAGGAGAAUGUUUAAUUUUGUGGCUUUGAGACAAAGCUUUUCUUGGAGAAGCAUCUCUGUGCACUUCUACUGACAAACGUCUGUCAGCACUGGAGCCAAGUUUUCUCCACUGCUUUGUCUGCAGGGAUAACUCAUAGAUGUCUCUUGUAACAGCAGCUUGCUUUUCCCUGCAGCUCAGUUAGCUUAGCUAACUGAGGCUUAGCUGUGUCUUCUUCUGUUAGGUUUGCCUUACACCUUACUGACAGUUUCACUUCUCAAACUCCCCUGUCGUGGCACCUAGAAGGGUUAUUUGGCAGGCUGUGAACUCGAGGAAGCCAUGAAGCACAACCAUGUUGUUCCCAAGGAGCAUCAGAUGUCCUGCAAAUGGGAAUGAUUCAUGCAAGGAAGGAGAGGCUGGAGCAGGCACAAGCACAGUUAGUUCCCAGCUGUCCCUGGGAAGCUCCUUGCUGCUCCCUCCUAGGGAGCACUCAGGAUGUUUCUGUGCCUUGUGAACAGAGUACUCUGCCCUUCUGGGAGCACAUUCCAAUUAAUAAGGUUACCCUUCUCCUUCUCAUCGCCACUGCUGCUAAGUCUGGGCUGAUGUCCUGCAUGCCUGGGGCAGGUUGACAGGUCUCAUUUCUCUGACACUUCCCUGAGGUGGGGAUCACAUGGGCCAGGAAGGACUAGAGCUAAAACAGGGCAGGAUCAUGUCCCUACCUCUCUUUCCGUUGCAUAGAGCAGUAAUUCCAGGCCUACCAGAUCAGCCCUGUGGUAUGUGCAAAUGCUGUGCAGUUGCAAGGCUGUUGUCUGAGCAGUAUAACAAGCUAUUACUGGCCUCUCUUCCCACAGAGCCAGCUCCCUCAGCAGUAUUCCCAGGUACUCUGUAUGCCCACAGUACAGCCACCAUUCCUGUGCCACCUCCCACUCCUGUCCUGCUGCACAGAGCAGCAGGUGAGCUGACUGGCUGCUGCCAGACAGAAAGGGAGGGCAGGGCUUGCCUCUCUUCCCAGCAGGCACCAGUUUUGGUCCUCACUCCUGCCUGACCCACCCAUUUCCACAAAACUUACAGGAACUUAUCGUCUCUGAAACUUCUGUCUUAAGCAGAUCUGAUAGAAUCAGCCCAAAAGAAGCUGGGUGGAAGAAAGGAAUGGCAGAUGGGGAAAAAGCAGAUACCACACACACUUGUAAAACCCUUUCCCUUAGGAACUGCAGGAGGUGAUUCCUUGAUUUGAGGCAGGUGCAAGUAGCUGAAGGAAUGAUGAGGAGGUGGCAGAGUAGCAUUGUCUCCUUGUGCGUUGAUGGGUGGACUUCCUGCUGCAGGCAGCAAGGCAUAGUUUGUGGCCUCUCCAGAUUGCUGAGUGUCUGCCAGAAGCCACAGGCUCUCUGCUGGAUUUAUGGCUCUGCAGACUGUUCACGUCUGCCCCUACUUUUGCAGAAUUAUCUCUGCACUUUUCCAGAACAGUGUGGCUUGGGGAUUAAUUCCGAAUCCACCUCACAUCAGCCAAGGGAGGAGGACUUGGUGGUUCUCCUGGAAUUGUGGUGACAGGCUACCAGGUGUCUGCUGGGAGCACAGCCUCUGCCCAUGUGGCUGACUUAGGCUGUAGGGUAAGUGGGCUCCACAUCCUCUUUGCUUUUCAGUGGUGCUCCUGGAUGUUGGGAAUGAUCUGCUUUCUUUGAGUGUAUCUGUGAAAGUCUGCUUUUGUUAGAGCAAUAACCAAGGCUUAAAAAUAGAGCUAAAUGUAGGUGGUUGAUUGAUUGAUGGAACACCUGGAGCUUGUCCCUGCAGAGCUGGACAGGAGGCACUGCCCAGCACAGGCGCAGGGAGGGUGGAAAGCUGGUAGUGCCCAUCUCUUCCCAUCAGUCUGUCCUUGGUGUUCUAGAUACCAGCAUCCUCCUUCCCCUCGCUGGGAGCAACUUGGGUGCUCAGGCACAGCCUCUCUUCUCUCCGUCCAUGCCCCUCUCCUGUGGCAAAAUCCGUUACUACAACAGGGUUCUGUUGCAUUUAAAUUUGCACAAAACAGGUUUUAUGAUGAAAUUCCCUACUGCAGGGAAGACUUAUUUAUUUCUCACGAUCCUUCCAAGUUUCUUCCAGUCUCUGCCUGAUUCCAUGACCAGCUUCUCAGACACUCUGGAGACAGACGUUCCUUCUCAAGGACAGAGAACCCUCUCUGGAUGUUCCUGUUUUCUCACAGGUAGCAAGUUCUGUGGGCACCAGCUGAGGGUGCCCUGCCACAGCAACUGUUCCCCUUCUGCAGGACACAAGCGCAAGGAGGGGAUGUUGCUGCUUUCAUAGUGUUCUCAGAAAGGUGGAAUGUCAGGCAGGCAGUAAGAUUUAUUCAGUACUGCAGUCAGAGAAAGAAACUUGUUUCCCCUGUGGUCUGGAUGAAAGGCUGAGAGCUGAUCAGUAUUAAGAUAAAUACCCGUUAGUGUAUUUUAAUGUCUCCCCUGUUGGCACGACUAAGAGUAGCUGGCACCCAUGUGAUGUAGAUGUGAGAGUGUUUGCUCUCAUCUGUUUGGUGGCAAAUUUAGAUUGUACCUGGAAGCUGCUUUUUUUUGUUGUUGUUGUUAAUUGUAGAAAUGGUGGGUAAUUUUUUAAAUGAAAAUCGAGGGUUCUCGGCUGCUGCUGCCUCAGUGGAAUGCCCUUUCUUUUCCAGGGUGUGCCCUGGUUGCAGCAAGAUGCUGCUUUUUUGGUGCCUUUCUUGUCAGGAUGAUUCUUUUGGUUUCCAGAACACCCAGUGCGUUUGCUCUAAUAGUCUUUCUCCUGGUCCUCUGUCCUGGUGGCUCUGCCCUUGUGACUUGGUGUCUCUCUGUUAUGGUACGGCCUGACCUGCAUUUUAUGCCCUGCCACACCUUGAGUUCUCCUCAGAGCACCUGAGGUACUGUCUUUCUCAAAUUGGAAUUAAUAAUUAAUAUAAAAACCUUGGAAAAAAAAAAAAAAACAACUGAAUUUUGUUACAUAGUGUAAUAACUGUUUGUAGAUACUGUUCUGAGAUGUAGGAAUCUAUUGGUGAUAUAAGAGGUUUUGUCUGUAAAUAAUCAGUUUAGAGUCCAAAUGAUUUUAAUAAAGAGAAUUCUUACACAAUAAUUCAAUAAAUUUUAAUAUACAA